AUGCCGCCCUCUCCGUCUCAGGCCGCUGAUAAUGGCAGCAAUAAUGACACUAAGCCACAUGCUACCAACGGCAACUUUAGCCAUAGCUAUAGCAUCGUCCGCUUCCUUGCUGAUCAGCAACAAUAUCAUCCUGUGUUCAGCAAAGUGCAAUCCCCAACCGAUGCAGAAGCCAUUGCCGAAGCCCGAGUGGAGGUAGAGCUGCGCGCUUUCGAGAAGAAGCUUGGCUUGAGCGGCAAGACUUCGAGUAGUUAA